UCUUCAAGAGAUGCUCAGUGACAUUUCUUUGACCAUAAAUAUGCCCUUUUCCUGCCUUGUCCCCUUCCUCUUCUACAAUAAUGACGCCAUUGUUGUGGCUUUGGGAACAUGACAUUCAGUUUCUUGUAAGACACAAAUGUGGUAGUUACUCAAGCGAAGAAAUUUGACUCAUGUAUGAAAAGCCAGUAUAAAGUUUGUUUUUAAAAUCCCUCAAUUGUUAAGAACAGUGUUAUAAAAUGCAGGAAGCAGAUCUUUGUUUCACCAUUAGUUGUUCAUAUAAAGCACCUGUAAUGAAAACCCCAUGAUGCAGAAAUUACAUUUUGUUUAGAGUGUAUUCAUCAAGUGCUUCCAAACCAUGACUAUGCCGUACCUUUGGGUAAAAAGCAAAAUGAAAUAAUACUAUAGAAAUGAUAUUUACAUCCGCAUCGCAUCAGUGAAGAGCCCUCAGUGGCACAGCAAGUUAAACCACUGAGCUGCUGAACUUGCUGACCGAACAAUCGGCGGUUCGAAUCCGGGGAGCAGAGUGAGCUCCCACUGUUAGCUCCAGCAUCUGCCAACCUAGCACUUCGAAAACAUGCAAAUGUGAGUAGAUCAAUAGGUACUGGUCCAGCAGGAAGGUAAUGGCGCCCCAUGCAGUCAUGCCAACCCCAUUACCUUGGAGGUGUCUACAGACAAUGCCAGCUCUUCGGCUUAUAAAUGGAGAUGAGCACCAACCCCCAGAGUUGGACACUACUACACUUAAUGUCAGGGGAAACAUUUACCAUAUACAUUGUGCACUGUUGCCAACAGUUCUUUACCCAAUAUACCAUGUAAACUGAUAAAAUAUAUACUUGUUUGUUUUCUGUCUGUUACGACUUAUAUAUACAUUUUUUUGGUGAAAUUAGUAUUUUUUCGCAAUCUUCUAUCUUAUAUAAAAGAGUGAUGGAAUCACGGCAGCGGAUAAAACAACAAAACUACAGGCCCCCCAACCUUGAAAUAUGACAACACAACCCAUCAUCCACGGCUCUAGAUUGAUACAACAAAAAGAAAAGAAAAAUAAAGUCCUAAUUAGAGGGAGAGAAAUAAUUGUUUUUAUUCAAUUGCUGCCAGUUAGAAGGCUAAAUUCUGCCCACUUGGUCUCCUAGCAACCCACUCAGCCCAGGGGACAGGGAGAGUUAGGCCUCACUUAGGCCUCUUCCACAGAUUAUCUAAUUUGCACUGGAUUAUAUGGCAGUGUAGACUCAAGGCCCUUCCACACAGCUAUAUAACCAAUUUAUAAUCUUAUAUUAUCUGCUUGGCACUGGAUUAUCUUGACUCCACACUGCCAUAUAAUCCACUUCAGUGUGCAUUUUAUACAGCUGUGAAGAAGGGGCCUCAUAUAAUCCAGUUCUAAGCAGAUAAUAUAAGAUUAUCAAUAUACAGUAGAGUCUCACUUAUCCAACAUAAACAGGCCGGCAGAACAUUGGAUAAGUGAAUUUAUUGGAUAAUAAGAGGGGAUUCAGGAAAAGCCAAUUAAACAUAAAAUUAGGUAAUCAUUAUACAAAUUAAGCACCAAAACAUCAUGUUAUACAACAAAUUUUACAGAAAAAGUAGUUCCAUGCGCAGUAAUGCUAUGUACGAGGGUUAUCCAGAAAGUUCAUGACGUUUUGGAAUUAAAAAUAAACAAAGUAUAGGAGAAAACAUUUACCAUAUUCAGUUGGAAGCCAGACCCAAAUACUAGUUCUCACCAUAGUCCCCACUGAAAUCUAGGUAGUUAUCAUAGCGAUAAAAGUGUUUGAAAAGCCCCCCCCCCCCCCACCCAAGAUUCCCGCCUGGCUUGCGUCCUGAACCAGGCUGGCUUCCCUUUUCUCAGCUGUCAAAUGGUGCGCUCAGCUUUCCGCACGAUCUUCCUCGAUCGCUCUUUUGUUUUGCAAAUGCUUGUAAGGAAGGUUUUUUGGGACAGGAAAGGUGUGCUUCUUGCAAAACCUUAGAAGAGCACCUUCUUUGCAAUACAAUCUCUAAAAUCAGAACACUAAAUAAAGAACAACACUCUGAAAACAGGGGAAUUCCACACAGGAAACAAUCACGGCCGGCUAACACCUCCCAACAAAGUAUUCCCAUCACCAAAGUCUGUCAAAUCCUCUGUUUUCUGAGGGCCACAGACAGUAGAAGCACAUAAAAUAUCGCAAACAACACCACCAUCAGUUAAUUUAAAUACUAUUUGGCAGAAAGUGUAUAAACCUUUUUUAAAGUCCUUGUUCUGGGUAAAGACAUCUUUAGCUGAUUUGCUCAUUUAUAUGAGGACAAAACCUUCGAUGAGAGUUGAUAGUAUCGGUGAGGACAAAAUCCAUCUUUAUUCAGUAAAACUCAGAAGCACGUAAAGUCUGGUUUUAUGGGCACAGUUUCCUGUGUAGAUGAGACCCAUUUAAACACUGUGGGACACUGAGACCUUCUUCUGAGUAAACACGCAGAAACUUGUACACCUCUUAGCAGGUCAACUGCCCUGAAUGCUAUUGAUUGGGCUAUACAUGUUGUCAUCAAUGGAAGAAGUGAACGGAAAGAGCUGGGUGGCACAUUGACUCAGAGAAAAUGAUGUGGAUAGAAGGCGGGGUUAUGUGACUUAAAGCCCCUCUCCUCUCCAUUUUCAUUUGUUAGAGUUUAUUACCGUGGAUGCUGUUUCUGCUGCUCUCAUUAUCUUCCUCUGCUGUGUAAUCUCUGUUCCCUUGAUCACAAGCAGCAGUAGCUAGCUAUCCUCUCCAGACAAGCAGCUCCAGACUUCUGAAAGCAGUUGGAAGAGCCUUUCUGCCUCCUCCUCCUCUGUCUUCAGGUGGCCACUCAACCCAGACAGCUUCUUCUGGCAGAAUACUUGCAUUUAAGGCUAAAAUCUCAGUAUCUCUGUGCAACAUGGGAUUCUCAAUGCAAAGAUGGUUUCUUCAACUGGGCUGUCUGUUGAUGCUGAAUUUAGUUAAUGGCAAUACAGACUAUCAUAAUGGAGCCCCUGACAGCCUGGGAGAAAUUGAUAAUUCGUGCUGGGAAGCCUCCUCUCAUAAGCUGAUGGAAAUUAAGAACAUUAGGGCAGCAGACACAGUCACUGCUCUCUGGAAAUUCAUGAUGUUCUUAAAAGAGUCCUCUACGCCCAAGCAUAAUGAUGUCUUCAAUGAUUUAGCACAAACUUUCUGGAAUAUGUACAUAGACUGUUUGCUAUCCAGGUCUCAUGGAGUGGGCAAGAGACAACUAAGAUUCUCACGCAACACUUUAACAAAUGCACAGGAAACUUCAGAAGGUGUUGCAAAUUUCAACAGUAGGGCAAGGAGAUAAAACUAUCGAAGACAUCAGAAGUGAUGCCAAACUAAAGGAAGAUGGCUGACUUUUCAAAAGCAGAUCUUUCACUGUGAAUGUUUCUGAGAACUAUUUCUUGUGAUCUUUUUGAUUAUCUUCUAAUUUAAUAUGCAUGUUCCAAGCAAUCACUACAAACGUGGUCACUUUUCUCAUCAAUGCAAUGCAAAUGUUUUAAUUUAUUUUGAGUAAAUUACUUGUGUUCUCUCAGGAAAAUCUAUGUUUAAAAUCAUUAUCAUAUUUUUGUAGACUUCUUUUAUGAGCAGGGGAAUUCUCUUAUUUUAAAAACUGCUAAAUUCAGUAGAAACUCAAUAUAUUUUUUAUACACUAACAAAUUGCAGUACAGUAACAACAAAUGUAUUUUAAUGUUUCAUGAAUGAGAUUCGAGUGUACAGAAAACCAGAAAAGCCUUUGCAAGUCCAAGGAAUUGGUUGAUGUAACUUUCUGUGCAGUCCUUCAGUGUUGAAUUCGAUUAUGUUGGUUAUCACGAAUUAAAAUAUUUUUCUAUGCAGUCAAAACUAUUAAAAUUGUGCUCUUA